CAUAGCUAGCAAACAAUUUAAUCACGCAACGGAAAACCAUGGCGUCCAACUGGUCAAAUCCGUAUCUUCGCUUUGGGCCCUUCGCCUUCGCGGCAACGAUACUAGUGGCAAUGAUUGCAAACGCUAUUGCAUUUAGCGCUGACAGUAGAUCCAAUCCAUUGACAAGAAUGGUCUCGAAUAAUUUGGAUCUUUACUCACCGAAGAGCAAAAGAAAGUUGGCGAGGUGCAAUCCACUUUCCGCCGCUGGAGUCGACGCACCCGUAACGUCGUCGAAGGGUGCCGUUGGUUUAUACAAAAAGUUUGCGGAUCACGCAGUGGAACAAUUACUUGGAACAGAGUGGUUACAAAUUGACGACAAAGUGCCAACGGAUCUUUCAGAAAAGCAAGCUCCCGCGAGGGGUAGCAAAAUCGAAUCUACCGUACGAAUAACCACUAAAGCGUUGAUUCCAAGCACAAAAUUCGACGAUGGCAAACCAUUAGUUAGGUAUGCUCGAAUCACCCUUUUGGAAACCGUCCCCGUUUCCUGUGAGGUCGAUGAUGCUGUUUCUGUAGAAGGGAUUCAGGUAUUGAAUUUCGUUGUGCUGCCCAAUGCCGACACGACCUUACCAGUACUGGGAAUCGAUUUAGUCUCGCUGCCCGGGAAGCACUUGUUACUACUAGAUGCACAACCCAUGGCAGUGCCCAAUCCACACGAAAGUCAUUGGGAGGAGUGGUACAGCAUGCACGUUGCAAAUAACACAGACAACCCAGAAAAAGACGGCGACGAACCGCUCAAGUAUGCCUGGGGGGGUGACUUUCCCGACCCAGUCAAGACGUAUGUAUCAAAAUAUGCGCUCUGGACGAGGCUGCAGAAUAUUGCGGUGUCCAGUAUCAGCGACGACAAUGCUUCCGACGAAAGUGUUGCUGCCACUCCUGCCACUGAUGCCAUUCAGAGGGACAUUUUUGAUGCAUUCCAGGCGCAUCUCGGCGCCUACCUAGAAUUGCUAGCACGAUAUGCAGAGGACAUGAAGGCCGUUGAAGGAGAAAAUCACCAAAGUGCGUAUCUAGACUAUCGAAGAAACAACGACCCAGCCAAACCGAUGCUAAAUGCGUUGUAUGGGCCUGAAUGGACCCAGACACUGUUGGAUAAUGUCCUGUUUCCACGAGAAUAGAGAAAUAAUAUGAUAGAUAACAA